AUGGUGAAGCCAGGAAAUGUUCUCAGAUUAAAGAAGGCAAUUUAUGGCUUGAAGCAAUCUCCAAGGGCUUGUAAGCAAGGUGUUGUGGUCAUCUUAGUCUAUGUGGAUGACAUUAUCAUCACUGGUAGCAACAAGGAAGGUAUUCUCUCAACUAAAACCUUUCUUAAAAAUGCCUUUGAUAUCAAAGAUUUGAGAGAGUUAAAGUACUUCUUUGGGAUUGAGAUCUGCCGCUCUAAAGAGUGGUUAUUCUUAUCUCAAAGGAAGUACACACUUGAUAUUUUAAAUGAGGCAGGAAACCUUGGGAGUAAAAAGGCCAAGACUCCAUUAGAAAAAGGAUACAAGGUGCUGAGAGAGGGGGAGUAUGAGUCUACACCAUUUGGAGAUAUCAAGAAGUAUAGAAGAAUGGUGGGCAAGCUCAUCUAUCUAACCAUCACAAGGCCAGAUGUGUGA